AUUAUAAACAAAGUAUUAUUUUGCAGAUUGUUUUGGCGAGAUGAGACAAUCGAGUUUACUAAAUUUUUUUGGUAAGAAACCAGAAGUUUCAUCAGUUACGUCCUUGCAUGAAUCGCCAAAUAAAGUUGUUGGACUUAUAGAAUCAAAGCACUCUAGUUGUGACGAAAGCUUCAUUAUUCCUGGAACACCCGAUCCUACUAACAGAAAUUUAGGAGCUUCGUUAAGUGGUAGAGCAGCUUUGGGAACUAUACACAUUGACAAGAUUUCAUCUCCAAAGUUAUGCAAACGGAAAGUUGUUGCUCGUCGUUCAUCGCUUACAGUUCGUCGUGAUGAGGUUCUUCGAUCAAAGCUGCAUGAUUUACUUUCUAGUGAUCCCAUCGAUAAGAAUGAAAAUCAACAAAUGUGUUCUAACAGACAAGCACAAAUUUCUGCUAAGCUCCGUCGAGGAAACUAUGACCUUUUAAAUUAUGCUCCUCAGGAUCAAGUUGUAAAAACAACAUCAAAGGAGAGUGAAUUUAAUGAUGUAAUAUCGCAUCGUUCUGCGAUUACUAGUAACCGUGCUAAAAAGAUGGUUUCCACUGCAUUGCUUACUUGUUCAGCAUCGAAGCGCAAAGCAACUGAAAUUUCAACUGCACAUUCCCCAGAUUCACCAAAUUAUCGAAAACCAAACGAAUACAGCGUUUCUAAUCCUGAAGGUACAAAUACACCAAAAAGGGAUACAAAUUCAAAACAUUCUGUUACUAGAGAAGUCCACCUAAAUACUGAAGAAUUGUCCGCAUUAGAUGACAUUUUAGACCAACUUGUCAGAAAAGAUGACCUACCUAGUCAUAAGCAUAUUAAGCAAGAAGCUGUCACUCUAGAUUCAUCACAAAUAUAUUGUCAUAAUGAACACAAUACACAAUCCUCUGUACAUGAUGAGACAUUUCAGUUGCUGAAUUUAAGUGACUGGUCACCUGUUAAGGAAGAGUUAGUUAUGUUAAAACAACAGCGUACUGUUGAAGAUCAGUUACUUCGAAUUCCGGACCAAUCAUUUUUACGUGGGACUGUUGUGCAAAUAGAUAACAAAUGUGACCAAAGUGAACUAGUUGUUCAGUUAGAUGAUGUCAGUAAUACAACUGAUAAUAGAACCAAAAUAAAUGUCAUACUACGUGAUUCUUGGUUCGAUACGCCUAUUCGAAUAAAAGACGCUAUAAAUAUCAUUCCGAAUGUAUAUGGUGAUAUAAAAAGUUCUGUGUAUAAUAAUUCUACUCUAAUUAUAUCAGAUGAUAAUAAUGAUAGGACUCAUAAUGAUUGCGCGGCUUUAUGUUUAAAUCCAGAUUAUUUAUUACCAACUACAAAAGUUGUUAGUAGUUUAAACUGUUUGAGACGUGUAGUUUUGGAACAGUUUUGGGUUACUGAUGGUGGUUAUCGUAAGGAUAAUGAAAUUAUUGUUAUCGAUUCAAAUCAAACAUAUAAUUCUCAAUGUGAUGUAAUGUUGACGGGUAGUUUAGUGCAUGAACUUUUUCAAAAGAUAAUUUCUAGACAUAAUAUUCAAAGAGACGAUGUUUUACAAAUUGUUUCGGGACUCAUCUAUCGUCCUUCAGUAGUUCUACAAAUGUAUGCUUCUGGUAUUGAACCAAAAAGUUUGUUUACGAAAUUGGAAGAGUUUAUUCCGAAAAUUUUUGACUGGACCCAAACACACUGUAUUCAACACUUACCUUCUCGUAAUAGCGUUACAACAGUUAACCAAGUGAAGAUAAAAGAUGUUGUUGCUAUUGAAGAAAAUAUUUGGUCGAAUCGGUUGGGUUUAAAAGGAAAAAUUGACUCAACAUUACUGUGUGAAAUUCCCUUACUUGGUGAAUUAAAACCUACGUUGAACUUAAUUCCUAUGGAAUUAAAAUCUGGUAAUCCAUCUUAUUCAAUUGAACAUAAAGGUCAAGUCUACUUAUACCUAAUGUUGGCUAGAGAAUUUUACGGUGCUCAUUACAGUACCUCUAAAUAUGCUAGAGUUCCAGUCGCAAAUGCUGGCUGGCUUGUCUACCUAAAGGAGCCGAUAAAACAGAAUUUUCAAAAACACAUUUCCUUCACAAACCCAGGCAUUAUUUAUCCAGAUAUUAACAGUUUUCGGGGUCUUAUACAGACGAGAAAUAGGCUGGUUUCAGGAAUUAUCGAUCUACUAAGGUCAGCUGAUACAUCUCACGAACAGUUGCGUGUUAGUGAUCAGAAACUAAAGUUACCUGAUUGUAUAAAUCAGUUACGUGUUUGCCAAACUUGCAGUUUACAGCUUACAUGCAGCUUAUUAACAGAAAAUCCUGCAAAACCAUAUUCGGGUGAGCAUGAUUCAUUUUCCAGUGUUCACAAAAUUCUCAUAAACCAUCGGUCUCACCUUCAACAAGAAUAUAUUGAGUUUUUUAUCAAGUGGUCUAAACUCUUGUUAACAGAAUACUUGGAUAAUGAACGCUUCGAACAUGUAAUUGGAAAUAUCUACAAAACAUCUUUAAAAGUUGACAAACCCAUCACUAAUGGUACUAUUCGCGGUUUACGUUUAGUGAAGACGAAAAUUUUACAAAGUUCAUUAUCUGGUGAAGAUGAAGUUCAGAGUUGGUUCAUUUUACACAAAUCCCUUGAUCAACCUUAUGAAUCCUUAUUAUCCCUUUCAAGUCUGAAUAUUGGUGAUUUUGUUAUUGUCAGCAGUGAUGAUUCUCGUUUCCUGGGUAUUGAAAUAGCAACUGUAGCUUCAGUUGAAGGACUUAAUGAAGUUGAAUUAACUAGUCACGGAUUCGUUUCACCACUGUCUGACUAUAAGAAAUAUGUAUUCUCUUUGAUUUCAACCAGGUCAUUUCCUGAUCGAAUUCAAUUGUUUCGUGUUGAUCGUUAUGUGUCGAUGAAGGCAAUUCAGUUGAAUCUAUCCAACUUGGUGGGUUUAAUGAGGAAUUCCAAAUUGUGUCAUUUACUACGGGAGCUUAUCAUUGAUGGUCGUAUACCGGAUAUGUCAAAAACAAUAUCUAAAAAGAUUGUCAAAGAAAUACGCCCUAUUCUGAAACCAUUGAAUGUAAAUCAACGUACCGCUAUACUACAAACACUUUUUUCACAAAAUUAUAUUCUUAUCAAAGGAUAUCCUGGAUCAGGAAAGACCGAAACUUUGGUAGCAUUAUUACGUGUCCUCAUUCUGUUAAAGAAAAGAAUUCUUGUCACAGCGCAUACUCAUUCCGCUGUCGAUAAUUUACUUUUAAGAUUAUGUAAAACUGGCGAGACUCGUGUUAUAAAACUUGGACAAAUGGAUCGAAUACUUCCUGAUUUAUUAAAUUAUUCCUUUGAAUACAAAUUGAAUACAUUUCUAAAAUCUGAUGAUAAACUUAAAAAUGAUGUAAUUGACUACAUAAAUAAUAUUAUGGCAAACACUGUCGUUGUUGGAUGCACAGCUUUAAGUGCAAGUGGAGGGAAUGAUCUGCGACAUUCAGCUUUGACAUAUCAAAAAUUCGAUGUUGUCCUAAUUGAUGAGGCUAGUCAAUUAAUGUUUCCUACUACUUUGGGGCCAUUACUGUGCCUUGCUGAUGAGCAACAGUCUCUUGACUCUAUAAAAUGUUGUCGUUUUGUACUGGUUGGGGAUCAUUAUCAGUUACCUCCUUUAGUUCGUAGUCAAAAAGCUAGGCUUGGCGGACUGGAUCAAAGUCUUUUUUCAUUGUUAUUAAGCCAUCAUGACAGUGAUAAUAGUACAUUAGCAACAAAUUCAUCAAUGGACCUUUCAAAAAGAGGAUAUGUAACUGAAUUGACAAUUCAAUAUCGUAUGAAUUCUAAGAUUAUGGCAUUAUCCAAUCAGUUAACCUAUAAAAACAAAAUGUCUUGUGCUAAUUCAUGCGUAUCACAAGCUACACUGAAGUUAAAUCCUAAUAUCGUCUCAGAUGAAAUAUCGGACAAAGUAAAUUGUAAUUUGCCAUUGUGGAUAAAACGUGUAAAUAGUCCACUUCUUUCGGAUUCUGUAUUGCUUUUAGAUACAAAAAUGCUUGAUUGUUACCCUCUUUCUGAAAAUGAAUCUCGUACAUCGAAUUCUAAUCCGAUUGAAGCUCAGUUAAUUCUCUAUAUAAUAAGACGAAUCCAUCAUGUAUUUCUUCUCGAUAUGGAAGACAUAGGCGUUAUCACACCAUACAGAGCACAAGUUUAUUUAAUAAAAAAUAUGAUGAAAGAGAAUUCUUUUGGAUCAAUUGAAGUGAAUACAGUUGAUCAAUUUCAAGGUCGUGACAAAAGACUGAUUUUACUUUCGCUAACUAAUUGUCCAUCUUCAUUUUUAAGAACAAAUGGAAAUGAGUGUAUUGAAUCAAAUCGAAAUCACCUACUCGAUGAUCUGCCUCGCCUAACUGUUGCUUUAACUCGUGCUAAGCAUAAACUGAUCAUUAUCGGUUGUACCGGUCAGCAUAAUCUGCCAGAAAACAAUUCAAAUCGGAUAACAAACCUUCAAAAUUUAUUUUCUUUUAUUAAAAUUAUGAUUGGUGGUUAUGAGAUUUUACCUUCAGAUACUGUUACAUGGAUCAAUACCAGUGAAUAAUGUAAAGAUUUUGCACAUAGCUUCUUUUAAAUGUCUUGUUUUAAAUGUGCUCAUAUAUGUAUACAUUUUUUAAAAUGUGAUUUGUUAGAGAUGAAUUAUUUUUAUACUUGUUUACUAGGAUUUUUUCUUUUAGAUGAUGUAACCUUUUAAACUAGUUUCUUUCAACUAUUUUGGGUAAAGUACUUCUUUAAUUUAUAAAAUGAAAUACAAACUUGGUAAAUGAUAUGUUGGGAUUUAUUUUCCUUUUUUGUGAUUGAAACUCUACCAAUUUAACACCUAGACAAAUAUUAUUGAGCGCUCUCUAAAAGACUUGUAGAUCUUAGGUUCUAUAAAUGGUUGAUGUGCAUUACUGACAAGUCCCAUACUAGGGCAAAACUCUUAUUUAGUGCUUUUUGGUUGUCACUGGAUGCUUGACAAAGAUCAGUCGCCAACCUAAAUAAUCUUCACAAACCCUCUACGGUAAUCAUAAAUAAAGUUCACUUAAGUACGCAUAACCGCUAAAUACACCUCGUUGUUUCUUCAUUGUCUUUACCUAUACCCCUACUGAUUGCAACAGGGAUGAAGUAAAAAAUAAGUUCCAUCAAAUUUGAGUUGACUGAUUAAAUGAG